AGGGGCGGAGCGAGGGGCGGUGCAGCGCGGCACUCCCGCCAGCCGGGCCUCGUCGGGCGGGGAGAGGGUGGAGCGUGUUCUGCGGCCUCCGCCAUGUCCAAGCACGUUUUUCUUACGGGACCCCCAGGGGUUGGAAAGACUACUUUGAUCCAGAAAGUCACUCAAGCUCUAAAAUCCUCAGGCACUUCCAUUGACGGAUUUUACACAGAGGAGGUUAGAGAAGGUGGCAGGAGAACAGGAUUUGAUGUUGUCACUUUGUCUGGAAAACGAGGACCGUUAUCUAGAGUCAGUUCUGAUUCUUCUACUUCAAGACGUGAAUGUCGGGUCGGACAGUAUGUUGUAGACGUUGUUUCAUUUGAGCAGUUGGUUCUACCUAUGCUGAGAAAUGUAAACCAUGGCAGUGAUGCAGAGAGAAAAAUUUGCGUCAUAGAUGAGGUUGGUAAAAUGGAACUCUUCAGCCAGCCUUUUAUUCAAGCUGUUCGUCAAACGCUCACUGCCUCAGGGACUGUGGUGCUUGGAACUAUUCCAAUACCUAAGGGAAAGCCACUGGAUCUUGUUGAAGAAAUAAGAAAUAGAAAAGAUAUUAAAGUGUUCAAUGUUAGUAAAGAAAACAGAAACAGCAUUUUUCAAGACAUCUUGGCAGCUGUGGAGUCCUGCAGAAAAUGAAGACAUUUUGUUGCCUGUAAACACUAAAGCUUUUAUUUCAACAAAACAUUACAAGGUUUUGCGGCUGUUCUAGUCUGUCCUUACUGCUUUAGCCCCUGGAGGCUUUACUGGAGCUUUCAGGGUAAGCAAGGUAAAGCUGGUAAUGCUCUAAAAUGUGAAAAUGAGCUAUCAGGCUUCUUGUUUAUUCAGUUCACAAGCUGAUCCAUUCAAAAAAAUGAACAGAUGCAUAGUUAACAUCUUGUUCUCAUCUGGGUAUUUGGAAGUUAGGUGGUCUGACUCUCAUGCUAGUUACACCAUGUAAAAGCAUCUUAAUCUUUCAGAGUGUGGUGUGGACUGUUCUGCCUAGACUGCAGCUCAGUAUGGGGAACUUGGGCCCUGGUAGAACAGAACAGAGCCCUGCCCAAGAUGUACAUGUGCUCCGCCUCAUUUAUGUAGAAAUAUCUUUGCUGUCAGUGACCCAGCUGACGUGUGUCCAAGUGUGUUUCAACAUGGGUGCUGACCAUGAGGUAGAAGGAAUAAGCAGAUGCUCUCCCUCCAGUCUUUCCAGUUGCAGUAUAAAGAGGGUUAUGUAGAAUUUCAAGGAAAUUUCUUGUAGUCCUAAAUGACAUUAACAGAAUUCUACAACAGGAGGAAAAAUAACCAACAUUGCCCUCUCUUAAGUACUGUAAACUCAGACAGUAGUUGAUAAGAAGGCUGCGUUUUGGAUUUAUUUUCAAGUUUCUGAUGGCAAUCUUGCGUUGCACCCACUUAAAAAAGUUACAUAUGUAAAUCUUCAAGUUCAGUCAAAUCUCAGCUUGUGUUUUCAUGCAGCAUUUAUUGUCAGGAUUGACUUAAUACUAUAUUAAAUAAACCCUAUUUGUCUAUAUGGGUUUUACAAUCCAUUAUGUUUAUUGAUACUUAUUGUUUGGUUGGGGUUUUUUUUUCUUAUUCAGUUCUGUACAAUGUUAAUGAUGAAGUAAGUGUUUCACCAUAUUAGACAAUGUGUUUCCUUUUGAGGUGUGCAGAUGUGUUCAGGAAAAGUGCUACCACUUAAUCAGUUUUGUGUGUUGUGAAAGAAGAAUUCCUUCCCAGGUGCACACUCAUUCAUUGUACAGUUUAUAAUCAUCUUUGGCUGUAAAAAGUUGUUAAGAAUUCAGUUGUUUCUUAACUUUUUUUCUGUUCAGUUCCACAACUGUUAAAAUAAGCAAACUAUUUAAAGGCAUUUUCAAAUA